AUGCCACCAAGAAGUAAACGAACAGCGCCAUCCGGUGGGAAGCAACCAAAGUUGAAGCAACCGCCACAACAGCAGCCUAAGAUAAAACGAACCAAAUUAGAUCAAACCAAUUUAGAGCCAUCGCAAACUUUAUACAUCAAGAAUCUCAAUGAUAAAAUUAAUCAUCGACAAUUAAAACAUAAUUUAUAUUUACUCUUCUCUACUUAUGGAGAUAUAAUACAAAUACGAUUAGCCAAAGGUCAUGCCCAUAUACUUUUUGCCAAUGUCUCUCUGGCAUCAUUAGCUUUAAGAAGUUUACAACAAGAAGAAUUCUUUGAUAAACCUUUGAUGAUUAAUUAUUCAACAAAUGAAUCUAAAUUGAUAACAAAGCUAAAGGGAGAGACUAAGACUGAAGAUAAAUCUGAGAAUGGUGACGGAGAUGAAGAAGAACUACCGCAUUACGAAGAAGAUUAA